AUGGCUCCGCCGCACACCUUCCGGCCUCCGCACGUGCAAGUUCGACCGCCGAUCAAGGCGCGAGCGCCUUUCCUCGCCGCCGAACAUCGGUCGGCAGAGUACGAUGGCAAGUUUCGCGUCGUUCUUGUCUCGUCGGAUUCUCCAGCGAGUGCAGCGAUGCCUAGCCUAGUAGGAUCGCUCUGCAGGGACCACACCUUCGAUCUUCAAGUCGUCGCCACCCUACCCUCACUGCGGUAUUACGAUCAGACGGCUCUAGACGACGCUGUCAAGACUGUUUGGAACCUCCACGACGAUGGGACGCUCGAUUGGGGGGUUCGGAGGUGGACGGACACGGAUGAGGCCGAGGCCUGGAGCAAGCCCGGCGACCCAGUGCUUCCAUCAGAGCUGGCACGAUGGGCAGACCUGGUCGUCGUCGCGCCCUGCAGUGCUGAUAUGCUCGCUAAGAUUGUCGCCGGCUUUGCGGAUAACAUUGCUGUGAGCUACCAAUCAUGGGUAAGCUGA